GCCUUUGCAAUGGCUGAUUCCUAUGCAGGGUAUCGACCUGCUAUGAACCGGGGAAUUCCGAUAUGGGUUAUAUAAAGAAGAGGUGAGUAUAGCAAUCGUUCAUUCGUACCAGAGCAUAACCAAAGCACGAGCACGGCAAAGCAAACACAAAACACAAAGCAAAACCAAAGUCAACUCAAGGCAAACUCGACCACAACACAAUGUCGUUUAAAUCACUUCCAUCGGAAUGCUACCCCCUCUUUGGGAUGCUCGCAACAGGGCUCGGAUUCGGCGUAUACGUUGCCUCCAAACAUCUUCUCAAAGACCAGGAGCUGAGACUACGGCCACGACCGGUCGGAAGUCUCAAGAGUUCGUGGGAGGAGCGUGUGACUGAGUUUGAGGGAUUGGGUGAGCGGCAGGAAGGGGAACGGGUGUGGGCACGCAAGUAGGAUAUCACUAGAUUUGGGUUUUUGGGUUGUUAGUGGUGUAUGGACAGUUUAUUUACCAUUUAAUUCUAUGGGUGUAAUUUGCAAUAUAUUUUCGUAAGAGUGUA